UUGUGUGUGCCUUUCUUAAUUAGGAAACAUUCGUUUCAAAUUACGGUUAUUCGUAUCGGUAAAUUCCAAUAAAAAUCCGAUUAAUUUAUUUAUAACAAAGGAAACUACGGAACUAAGUACAGUCCUUGAGCUAAAAUUUCAAGGGCGACCUAAUUUAAUAAUUUAUAAUUAUUAAUGAAUGUGAGACUAUGCUCAGUAAAUGUCUAUCCGCGAUAGAAGAAUGAUGGAAAUAAAAGAGGAUAUAGUCAAGUUGAGAAAAGAAGAAGUUCGUAAUUUGACUACUACAUUCCAUUCUUCUACAGUAACUAAUGCUGCUGCAACAUGGAAGGGGAAAUCAGUGUCUAUUGUAUCUCCAAAAACUGGACACAUCUCACGACAAAAGGAAAUGAAAACCAAUUCUUCUGGAUUAUUUUCUAAACUUAUAAAAGAUUUUAAGAAGACUAAAGUAUCAGAUUUCGAAUAUCAACAGCCUAAAAUGAGACAGAAUAGUUCUUAUAAACCGUUCUGGGCCACAAAAGUUAAAGAACAAAGCAUAGAAGAUUUGGCAAUAAAGAAGAAAGCAGAUGUGGCAGAACGAAGUAAUUCUGUUUACAACAAAGGUUUUGUGUUCCGAAAAGAAACUGACGGUUCUCCUACGGUUAUUUUAGGGAACGAUGUUAAAAAUGUACAAUCACCUAAGAGGCAUUCUAUUGUUGAAUAUAGUAAGGAUUAUAACUUUAAACCUUUGCCUAAUGAUAGAGGUAGUAAAAUGUUUAUGCCAACAGGAGAACGUUUAUAUUGGCUCGGCGAAACCCGUCCAUCAUCAUUCGGACCGGCCACCUACCAGGACUUCAAGGACAUUCGCUCGCGCUGCCUAGCUGAAGGUAGACUAUUUGAAGACCCAGAGUUUCCACCUAUAGACCGCAGUCUGUACUACAAGGAGCGGCUCGACCGACCUAUAACAUGGCUCAGACCAAGCGAGAUAUGCGAAGACCCGCAACUCUUCGUCGAAGGGUACAGUCGUUUCGACGUGCGACAAGGAGAGUUGGGUGACUGCUGGCUGUUGGCCGCGGUGGCCAACCUCACGUUACAUAGGAAAUUGUUCUUCCAAGUAGUGCCUGACGAUCAGAGCUUCGAUGAAGAUUACGCGGGUGUUUUCCAUUUCCGUUUCUGGCAGUACGGGAGGUGGGUGGAUGUGGUGAUCGAUGAUCGGCUUCCGACGUACCGAGGGAAGCUCGUCUUCCUUCACUCCUCUGAGAGGAACGAGUUCUGGAGCGCGCUGUUGGAAAAAGCAUAUGCUAAAUUGCAUGGGUCAUAUGAGGCGUUAAAGGGCGGUUCCACUUGCGAGGCGAUGGAGGACUUCACCGGCGGAGUCACUGAAAUGUACGACGUAGCGGAAUUGCCCCCUAACUUCUACACAAUACUCUUAAAAGCGUAUGAAAGAAACUCUCUUAUGGGAUGCAGUAUUGAGCCGGACCCCAACAUCUUAGAAGCGGAGACCCCUGCAGGUUUAAUCAGAGGUCAUGCGUACUCUGUAACGCGCGUCAAAUAUGUCGACAUCGAGACUCCGGGACGCGCCGGUAAAAUACCGUUACUGCGUCUGCGGAACCCUUGGGGUAAUGAGGCAGAGUGGAAUGGACCUUGGAGUGAUAAGUCACCCGAAUGGCGUUUUAUCCCCGAGUCAGAGAAGGAAGAACUUGGCCUGACAUUUGACGAUGAUGGAGAAUUCUGGAUGUCAUUCAAGGACUUUGUCAAUCAUUUCUCAAGAGUGGAGAUCUGCAACUUGAACCCUGACUCUUUGGACCCUGAGGAGUGUCCUGAAGGCUGCACCAAGAAAUGGGAGAUGUCCGUCUUCGAGGGUGAAUGGGUUAGAGGUGUCACUGCAGGUGGUUGCAGGAAUUAUUUGGAGAGUUUCUGGAAGAAUCCACAAUACACUGUCACAUUGAAAGAUGUAGAUGAAGGUGAUGAUGAGAACAAAUGUACUAUAAUAGUAGCGUUGAUGCAGAAGAAUCGACGUUCACAACGUCAUCAGGGCUUGGAGUGUCUCACGAUUGGGUUUGCAGUGUACCGGCUGCCGGACUACGGACAUGUACCAAAACCUCUUGAUGUCAACUUCUUCAAGUAUAAUGCAUCUGUAGGAAGAUCUCAGGCCUUUAUUAAUCUUAGAGAAGUUAGCGCUAGGUUCAAAUUUGAGCGUGGUUCUUACGUCAUCGUGCCCUCAACCUUCGAGCCUGAUGAAGAAGGAGAAUUCCUGCUUCGUGUCUUCUCUGAAAAGGAUAACAAUAUGACUGAGAACGAUGAAGAUGUUGGUAUGGGGGAUGUUGAUGACAGGGUGAAAGAAAUAGCCCCGAAUCCAGAACCCACAGACCCUGUGCGGGACUUCUUCAACCGGCUGGCAGGUGAUGAUGGAGAGGUUGACUGGCAGGAGCUGAAGGAAAUAUUGGAUUAUGCUAUGAGAGAAGAGCUAACAAUGCGUCAUGGCGCAUACGACGGGGGCGGAGUCCCGGGGCCGCCGGGGCAGAGUCCUAACGAGCAGGGUUGUCUCGAGCAGCUGCUGUGUGCUCUCUGCACUCCCAUCUGCAAGGAGUUUGGUGUUGACCUGCAGCAGAUACAGCAGCAGAGCCAAGAGCAAGUGCAUUUGAAUCAACCACAACCUCAACCAGAACUAAAAGGUCAAGGUUUCUCCAAAGAGGUGUGUCGCAGUAUGAUUGCGAUGUUGGACAAAGACAACUCUGGCGGAUUAGGAUUUGACGAGUUCAAAACUUUAUGGAUCGAUCUACGUAAUUGGAGGGCUGUGUUCCGUCUUUACGAUACGGAAGGUCGGGGCGCGAUUCCCGCACACAACUUGCGCGAUGCUCUACACUCUGCCGGGUACACUGUCAAUGCGCACGUCCUCAACGUGCUCGCACACAGAUAUGGAUCCAGUGAUGGUUACAUUCAGUUUGAUGACUUCAUCAUGUGCUCUGUACGACUCAAGACCAUGAUCGAUACCUUUAAAGGGAGAUCUUCAGGAGGAGAAUACGCAACUUUCUCUCUGGAGGAAUGGCUGAAUCGCACAGUCUACUCAUAGAUAAAUAGCUAAAAUAUAUGCCUUAUUAUAUAAAUAUGGUCCUAAUUUAAGCGCACUAUUCUAUCCGGCCUAGAUAAAUUAUAUUAAA